GUUAUACUAUCAACUUACGAAGCACACCGCUUCGCCAAUUUCCUUCUAGGGACACUAAGUACAACAGACAAGCAUACGAAAUCUCGACAAGAUGGCGACUGCAAUAGAGAAAGACCGCUAUUCCAAUAGCGACGAGAAGAUCGAAGACGGAAACGCAGUUUCGCAACCCAACAUCAAUCGAACGCGCUUGGAAGACAUGCCCGACCCGGACGCAGGACUCAGCUCAGAAGAGCGCGCUGCCAUUGACCGCAAACUCCUCUGGCGCCUCGACCUAAAGCUCAUCCCCUGGCUCUCCUUCCUGUACCUCAUCUCCUUCCUCGACAGGACGAACAUCGGCAACGCGAAGAUCGAUGGCCUGCAGGAGGACCUGGGGAUGACGGACGGGCAGUACAACGCUUCGCUGACCAUCUUCUUCGUCUCGUACGCGCUGUUCGAGCCCCUCACGAACAUCCUGCUCAAGAAGCUGCGGCCGAGCAUCUUUUUGCCGAUUAUCAUGGUGUGGUGGGGUAUCUGCAUGACGACAAUGGGUCUCGUACACAACUACGCCGGGCUGAUGACAGCUCGCUGGUGGCUCGGCGUCGCAGAGGCAGGCCUCUUCCCCGGCGUGAACUACUACCUCUCGUGCUGGUACCGACGCUCUGAAUUCGGUAUCCGCGCUGCCAUCUUCUUCUCUGCCGCCGCGUUGGCUGGCUCGUUUGGCGGACUGCUUGCUGCUGCUAUUGCUCAGAUGGAUGGCAUAGGCGGAAAACGCGGCUGGGCCUGGAUCUUCAUCCUCGAAGGCCUCGCCACAAUCCUCGUAGGCAUGGCCUCCUACUGGAUGGUCCACGACUUCCCGGACACGGCGACCUUCCUCUCCCCGUCCGAUCGCCAGCGCGUUCUCCGCCGCUUGAAAGCCGACAAGCAAGCCUCGGCGUCGCACGAAUCCUUCAAAAUGACCUACUUCUACGCCUCGGUCCUCGACUGGAAGACCUGGGCCUUCGCGGUCAUCUACAUGGGCUGCGACGGCUCCCUCUACGCCUUCAGCUUGUUCCUGCCCACCAUCAUCCGCGGCCUCGGGUACACCAGCACGACCGCGAACCUGCUCAGCGUUCCCCCCUACGCACUCGCUGCCAUCGUCACCGUGGGGAUAGGCUGGUUGGCGGACCGCACGCGUCAGCGCGGGUGGUGCAAUAUCGGAGUGUCCGUAUUUGGGAUUGUGGGGUUCGCGAUGUUGCUGGGCAGUGAGACGCCGGGCGUGCAGUACGCGGGGACGUUUCUGGGGGCCGUGGGGAUAUACCCGUGCAUUGCGAAUACGAUUUCCUGGGCGAGUAAUAAUGUCGAGGGCGUGUAUAAGAGGGGCGUUACGUUGGGGUUUGUGAUCGGGUGGGGGAACCUGAAUGGGGUUGUUGCGUCGAAUAUCUAUAGGGGGAGGGAUAAGCCGAGGUUCUUACUGGGGCAUGGGGUCGUGUUGGCGUAUUUGGUGCUGUUUUUGUUUGGGGGGAGCGUCGUGACGAGGUGGUUGUUGGUUAAGGAGAAUGGGAAGAGGGUGCGUGGGGAGAGGGAUGUUUGGGUUGAGGGGAAGGGGGAGGAGGAGGUGGAGAUGUUGGGGGAUAAAAGGCCGGAUUUCAUUUACACUUUGUAG